CACAGAGAUGUUCCAGCAUCCCACAGAGACUCUCCACUCUCUCUCACACACACACACACACACACACACACACUCAACCUUUUUCCUGCUCUGUUGCUCCCAAAGCAUCUCUCUCUCUCUCUCUCUCUCUCUCUCACACACACACACACACACUAAUUCUCCCUCCCGCUUCCUCUCUCUCUCUCUCUCUCUCUCUCUCUCUCUCUCUCUCUCUCUCUCUCUCUCUCUCUCUCUGUCUAACACACACACACACACACACACUCAUACGAGACUAGCAGGGCAUGGAGGCAGCUGCUGCCUCCACUAGUGCCGUUUUAACUGACAUGGACGAGAGCCAUGAAGAAGGAGAACACGUGCUGAGGAAUCAGAGUGAAGAAGCCAUUGUUGAUCAUGGCAAGACCAGCUCAGCUACACACACCAACUUUGAGAAAGAAGAACUGGAGAGCCACAGGGCUGUGUAUGUGGGGGUCCAUGUCCCUCUGGGGAAGGAGAGCAGACGCAGGCACAGACACCGAGGACACAGACACCACCGCAAGAGGAACAGGGAGAGAGACUCUGACCUGGAGGCCGGAGAGAGAGAAUCACCCACAUAUGACACACCGUCUCAGCGAGUGCAGUGCAUUCUGGGUACUGAGGAUGAUGAUGUGGAGCAUGUUCCUCAUGAGCUUUUCACUGAACUGGAUGAACUGUCUGUCCGUCACGGGAACACUGAGUGGAGAGAGACAGCCAGAUGGCUGAAGUUCGAGGAGGACGUGGAGGAUGGUGGAGAGAGGUGGAGUAAGCCUUAUGUUGCCACUCUCUCUCUGCACAGCCUGUUUGAGCUGCGCAGCUGCAUUCUGAAUGGCACAGUGCUGCUGGACAUGAGAGCUGACUCAAUAGAGGAUAUCGCAGAUAUGGUGAUAGACAGUAUGGUUGCAUCCGGUCAGUUGGAUGACUCUUUAAGGCAGAAGGUGCGGGAGGCGGUGCUAAAGCGUCAUCACCACCAGAACGAGAGGAAGCUGAGCAACCGCUUCCCGCUGGCCGUGCGCUCACUGGCUGAUAUAGGCAAGAAACACUCCGACCCGCUCUUACUGGAGCGCAGUGGUGAAGGGUUGUCUGCGUCCCGCAAUUCCCUUCUCAAACUGGGCGGCUCCAUUUCAAACCUGUCCCAGAGACGCGAGUCCCGCGUCUCCAUGCUCCUGAACCACCUCCUUCCUGGCCCCGCCCACGGCCACUCCCCCAGCCCCUCUCCCCAGAACACCCCGCCGUCCUCUCGGCGCUCUGGCUCCGCCCACAGACCCCCGGUGCACCUGGACAUCCCCUCGGUGGUGGUGUCGCCUCCGGUGGAGGACGAGGAGACGGAGGGCAUUUCUGCAGAGGAAGACACGCUGGAGUUCACAGCUUGUGAAGGACUGCUGGUGUCUGCUGGUUCUCUCUCUGGCUCUAUGGACGCAGGCAGGCCUUCUGAAAACAGAUCCAAACCAAACAGCAAAGAUGGCAGCACUGUAGAUCUCAGCAAGGUGGAUAUGAACUUUAUGAGGAAGAUUCCUCCAGGGGCGGAGGCAUCAAAUGUGCUGGUGGGUGAAGUGGACUUUCUGGAUCGACCAAUCAUAGCCUUUGUUCGUCUCUCACCUGCUGUGCUGCUUACAGGACUCACAGAGGUGCCUGUCCCGACCAGGUUCUUGUUUUUGUUGCUGGGUCCGUAUGGAAAAGGUCCUCAGUAUCAUGAGAUUGGGCGAUCCAUGGCCACGCUGAUGACGGACGAGAUAUUCCAUGACGUAGCGUAUAAGGCCAAGGACCGUGCAGAUCUUCUCUCUGGCAUUGACGAGUUUUUGGAUCAGGUGACUGUUCUUCCACCUGGAGAGUGGGACCCCACCAUCCGCAUUGAGCCCCCCAAAAAUGUCCCCUCACAGAUGAAGAGGAAGGGGCUGUCACAGGCUAACGGCAUGGCAUCUUCUGCCGAGCCUCCUGAAGAAGAAGAACACCACGCUGGACCAGAGCUGCAGAGAACGGGCAGGGUUUUUGGAGGUCUGGUGAACGAUGUGAAGCGUAAAGCUCCUUUUUACUGGAGUGAUAUAGUGGAUGGCUUGAGCCUGCAGUGUGUGGCCUCUGUACUGUUCCUGUACUGCGCCUGCAUGUCUCCAGUCAUCACCUUCGGAGGACUGCUGGGAGAAGCCACCAGGAGCAACAUAAGUGCUAUAGAGUCGUUAUUCGGAGCCUCUCUGACCGGUGUGGCGUUUUCGCUCUUUGCCGGACAGCCUCUGACCAUCCUGGGCAGCACAGGGCCUGUUCUCGUCUUUGAGAAAAUCCUCUUUAAAUUCUGCGAGGAUUAUGGGAUGACGUACCUGUCGCUGCGCUGCAGUAUCGGCCUGUGGACGGCCUUCCUCUGCAUAGUGCUGGUGGCCACAGACGCCAGCUCACUGGUGUGUUACAUCACUCGCUUCACUGAGGAGGCCUUCGCUGCUCUAAUCUGCAUUAUCUUCAUCUACGAGGCUCUGGAGAAACUGCUGCACCUGGGCGAGCAUUACCCGGUUAACACGCACAACACCCUGGAUAACCUCACGCUGUACAGCUGUCAGUGUUCAGCUCCGGAUCCAAUAGCCAAUGAGACGCUGCAGCUGUGGAACAACACGGGUCACAGUGUGGAUUCAAUACCAUGGAAUCAGCUCAACGUGUCGAUGUGUAAGCUGCUCCACGGUGAGUUUGUUGGCUCCGCCUGUGGACACCACGGGCCCUUCAUCCCAGAUGUGCUCUUCUGGUCCAUCAUCCUGUUCUUCACCACCUUCUUCCUCUCCUCCUUCCUCAAGCAGUUCAAAACGGAGAGAUACUUCCCCACCAGGGUGCGCUCCACUAUCAGUGAUUUUGCUGUGUUUCUGACUAUAUUGGUGAUGGUGCUGGUGGAUUUUCUGAUGGGGAUUCCAUCGCCCAAACUUAACGUACCUGACCGCUUUGAGCCCACUUCUAAGCACCGUGGCUGGUUCAUCUCUCCACUGGACAGUAACCCCUGGUGGACGAUGCUUGUAUCUGUUAUUCCUGCUCUUCUCUGUACCAUCCUCAUCUUCAUGGACCAGCAGAUCACAGCAGUCAUCAUCAACCGCAAAGAGCACAAGCUUAAGAAAGGCUGUGGGUAUCAUCUGGAUCUGCUGGUUGUGGCGGUGAUGCUGGGUGUGUGUUCGAUUAUGGGGUUGCCGUGGUUCGUGGCAGCGACUGUGUUGUCCAUCUCCCACGUGAACAGCCUGAAGCUGGAGUCCAGCUGUUCAGCUCCGGGGGAACAGCCCAAGUUCCUGGGUAUCAGAGAACAGCGCCUCACUGGAGUCCUGAUCUUCACUCUGAUGGGCUGCUCCGUCUUUAUGACUUCAGUGCUAAAGUUUAUUCCCAUGCCGGUGCUGUACGGGGUCUUUCUCUACAUGGGUGUUUCUUCUCUGAAAGGCAUACAGUUCUUUGACAGGAUAAAACUGUUUGGCAUGCCGGCGAAACACCAGCCGGAUCUGAUCUACCUGCGUUACGUGCCGCUGUGGAAGGUUCAUAUCUUUACGCUGGUGCAGCUCACAUGCCUUGUGCUGCUGUGGGUCAUCAAAGCUUCCUCCGCCCGCGUCGUCUUCCCUAUGAUGGUGCUGGGGCUGGUGUUCAUCCGGAAGCUUCUGGAUUUCUUCUUCACUAAGAGAGAGCUGAGCUGGCUGGAUGACCUGAUGCCUGAAAGCAAGAAGAAGAAAGAAGACGACAAGAAGAAGAAGAAGGCCAAGCAGGAAGCGGAGGAGUGUCUGGAGGAGGAGGAAGAGGUGAGACUGUCGUAUGCAGGAGGAGGAGGAGGAGGAGGGAAUAUGCUAAAAAUCCCACUGCAGUCUCACACCGGCAGUGUUGAUCAGUCAGUUGUUAAUAUAACUGAUGAAAUGAACAAGAGUUCUGCAUGGAAAGCUGUUGCAUCAAACACCAUGAAGAGGAGUGAGAGUCAGGAGAAGGUGGCCUGUGUUAGGGUGAACCUGGAAGGAGCCCAGAACGGUUGUGAUAAGACUAAUGUAGAGACCGCUCUCUAGAGGAGAUUAUUCUACUCUUUUGGUGCUGUGGAGACCCCAACAGUACAGUGAAACCCUCCUGCUGGAGCAGAGCAGCCUGCACUGGGGCCUCGGCCUGGGCUGGACUCAGCAGGGCCCCCCGCUGACCCGGAGGUGAGAGGAGCACGGUGUGGAAGAACAAGGUACCAACGACAAACCCAACAGGCCACAUUAAAGACCAGCAGCCCAACUGACUCCUUUUAUCUCUCUGUUUAACUUUUAUUAAACUUUUAUUUUAUUUCUGGUUUCUUUUAUUUGCUGUUACAGCAUUUUACUGUAUUUUUUUUUUUUUAUUUAGAAUGUUCAUUAUUAAUGAUAAUAAUAAAACAUCAUUAAUAGAUCAUACAGUUGGCUGGGAGCGGUCCUGAAGCCACUGCACUGUACUGAUUGCUUAAAAAUGAAUGUGCUUUAACACAAAUUCAUAAACGUGUCUUCAGAAUGAUGCCAUGUUUCACGUUCAUACAUGCUGUCGUGUUGGACGCCCUUUAAAACGUACAAGUUCUACUUCAGGUUUAAUUAAGCGUGCCUUGUAAAAACGGCUGUUUUCACGUACAGCCACAGAAAUGGAGGAGGACGCUUGGGUAUAAAAAAAAAAAAAAAAAAAGAGAGAGAGAGAGAGACUGUUGCCCAGAAGAGAUGAUCUUUUCCCAAACCCAUAUUUAGUUCAGUUCCAAAGACUGUGAUGUGUCUAUAGUGUCCCAUCCUUUCACACCUCCACAGAACAGACUCCACAGAGUCUCUGAUUCUUCAUCAGUUCUGAUACUGAUCUCUGUAUUUGAAGCACACUUUCUGAGGAUUUGGGAUUUCAGUGUUGAGUCUGUAUUCCCGCUCUGGUGUGUGGAAGUGUUUCACACGUCGCUGAGUCAUUUUUAAACGUCUUUCUUGGACAGAUGUGGCUGUACUGUUGUCUGUGUGUAUAGUUUUGAAUAUUGUGUUUACUGCCACCACCAGAUGUCUGGUCAUAGUGCACAAAGUGUGUGUGUGUGUUUAUGUGUAUCACUGUAAAGAGUUCCAGUUUUAUUCACUUUAAUCACUGCUGUCUAUUAGAGGAGCGCUGCGGGACCCAGAGCCAAAUCCAGGAGCCUCAAAAGAGCCGACAGAACACAGCGAAGCGAAGAGGUAGAAUCUGAACCCAAGUUCUAGAAUCUUAACUAAAGACUGAACUUGAAUUUAAUUGAUGUUUUAGUUUCAACUAAUGUUCUGGAAUCCUGAUUAGCAUUCUAGAUCCCUGACUGAAGCUCAAGAUCUUGAGGUUCUACAAUCUUGACUCUAGAAUAUCAGUUGUAAUUCCUCUAACAGUCUGAUGUCUGGAGUUCUAGAGCCCUGACUAAAGCGCUAGAAUACGACCUAAUGUUCUAGAACCCUUACUAAAUUUCUUUGAACAAGAUCUGAUGUUCUGGAACCCUGACCUUGAAUUCUAGAAAUUCUAAAAUUAAGGCUGAAGAAAUUUUGUAAUAAUAAAAAAAUAUCGUAAUAAUAUACUGACUAGAGUUCUAGAAUUCAAGCAUUUGUUCUAGACCCCUGACUGAAGCUUUACAAUUGAAGAUGGUGCUGUAGAAACCUGACUGAAUCUCUACAAUGCUUUGGGUCUAGAACCCUGACUAAAGCUCUAGAACUAUAGAUGAUACUCUAGAAUCCUGCCUAGAGUUUUAGAACCCUUAUUGAAAGCUUAUGUUCUAGAAUACUGCUGAUGUUCUGGAACCCCAACUAAAGUUUUAGAAUUUAGGUUAAUAUUGUAUUCCUGACUGGAGUUCUAGAAUUUGAGCAUAUGAAUGAAGCUCUAGAUUAGGACUAAUAUUCCAGAGUCUUGACUGGAGUUCUAAAACCCCGACUGAAGCUCUAGAAUUAAGGAUGUUCUAGGACCCUGAGUGAGAAUCUAGAAUUAAGGAUGUUGUUCUAGAACCCUGACUGAGAAUCUAGAAUUAAGGAUGUUGUUCUAGAACCCUGACUGAAGCUUUACGAUUGAAGAUGGUGCUCUAGAACCCUGACUGAAGCUUUACGAUUGAAGAUGGUGCUCUAGAACCCUAACUGAAGCUCUAAAACUAUAGAUGAUGCUCUAGAAUCCUGACUAGAGUUCUAGAACCCUUAUUUAAGCUUAUUGAAAGCUUAUGUCCUAGAAUACUGCUGAUUUUUUGGAACCCUGACUAAGGUUUUAGAAUUUAGGUUAAUAUUGUAAUCCUGACUGAAGCUCUAGAAUUAAAGAUGUUUUAGAACCCUGACUGAAGCUCUACAAUUGAGAAUGUUGUUUUAGAACCCUGACUGAAGCUCUAGAAUUAAGGAUGUUCUAGAACCCUGACUGAAGAUCUAAGACUGAGGAUGUUGUUCUAGAACCCUGACUGAAGAUCUAAAACCGAGGAUGUUGUUCUAGAACCCUGACUGAAGCUCUAAGACUAAGGAUGUUGUUCUAGAACCCUGACUGAAGCUCUAAAACUGAGGAUGUUGUUCUAGAACCCUGACUGAAGCUCUAAAACCGAGGAUGUUGUUCUAGAACCCUGACUGAAGCUCUAAAACUGAGGAUGUUGUUCUAGAACCCUGACUGAAGCUCUAGAAAUGAGGAUGUUGUUCUUGAACCCUGACUGAAGCUCUAGAAAUGAGGAUGUUGUUCUUGAACCCUGACUGAAGAUCUAAAACUGAGGACGAUGUUCUAGAACCCUGACUGAAGAUCUAAAACUGAGGAUGUUGUUCUAGAACCCUGACUGAAGCUCUAAGACGGAGGAUGUUGUUCUUGAACCCUGACUGAAGCUCUAGAAUUGAGGAGGUUGUUCUUGAACCCUGACUGAAGCUCUAGAAUUGAGCAUGUUGUUCUAGAACCCUGACUGAAGAUCUAAAAUUGAGGAUGAUGUUUUAGAACCCUGACUGAAGCUCUAAAACUGAGGAUGUUGUUCUAGAACCCUGACUGAAGCUCUAAAACUGAGGAUGUUGUUCUAGAACCCUGACUGAAGCUCUAGAAUUGAGGAUGUUGUUAUAGAACCCUGACUGAAGAUCUAAAACUGAGGAUGUUGUUUUAGAACCCUGACUGAAGCUCUAGAAUUAAGGAUGUUCUAGAACCCUGACUGAAGCUCUAGAAUAGAGAAAGUUGUUCUAGAACCCUGACUGAAGCUCUAGAAUAGAGAAAGUUGUUCUAGAACCCUGACUGAAGCUCUAGAAUUGAGGAUGUUGUUAUAGAACCCUGACUGAAGAUCUAAAACUGAGGAUGUUGUUUUAGAACCCUGACUGAAAAUCUAGAAUUGAGAAUGUUGUUUUAGAACCCUGACUGAAGCUCUAGAAUUAAGGAUGUUCUAGAACCCUGACUGAAGCUCUAGAAUAGAGAAAGUUGUUCUAGAACCCUGACUGAAGCUCUAGAAUUGAGGAUGAUGUCCAAGUUCUAAGGGCGUUUUCACACCUGUAGUUGGCUUCUAUGGUCCGGAUCAGUUGAUGAGUUUGUUUACUUGGAGCGUUUUCUCCCUCUGUUUGGUUUGGUUUGGUUUCACACAGGCAUAAACCUGAACGCACCAAAAUGCGCACCAAUAAACCACGUGAGCAGGCUGUGUCCUCUGAUUGGUCAGACUUGUCUGGCAUUAGGGACAAGGAAAGUACCAGUAAAUAUAGCGAGAAGAUUCUGUGUUCCAGAGCAUAUAUCUGUUAAGUGAACGCUGCACAGACUGCACGUGUAAACAGCAUGGAGCAGCAGAGACAGCGUUUGUUCAUAGCUGGGGUCAUAAGCAUAAUCUGCCUAAUAUAUAUCAGAUUAAACUGCGCGUUAUCAGCAGUUUAGCUCAAAUAAAAUUAGUAUAUUUAAUAGCUGGGUCAGAUCAAAACCGGAUCACUUUCUCACCACUCUAGAGUUCGUACCAGAGCCUGUUUUAACUGAAACAAAUGGUGCUGGUGUGAAUACGCCCUAAUUUAGAGUCAGUGUUGUAGAAUCUCGACUGAAAGCUUAGAAUUAAAGCUGCUGUUAGAGAAUUCUGACUGAAAGAGAAAACUAGAAUUAUUAAGUAAAUGUUUUAUGUUGAGGAGGGGAAAGGAAAGGGGGGAGUUGGGGUAGGCUCAUGCCUGAGACAUUACUGCUGCAGGGAGGGGAGGAGAGACACCUGUACUGCUAUAUAUUUGUGCAAUAAAUAGUAAUGUUCUAUUUUGUAAAAUUAUUGACAAAAGCAAUAAAACAUGUAUUCCAUGGAA